CAGAACUGUAAAUACAAAAUGAAUUGAAACCAAGAAGGUCCCAGAUUAAUAAGAGCCUUUUAUAAAAUUAGUAGUCAUACAAGACAUUUACAGAUCAUCUACAAGGCUUAACAUUGAAAAUAAGAUUUGACUUUAGUAAGAUUUAUAAAAAGUGGUACAUCUAAAAAUAAAAUAUAGGAAAGUCAUUCUGUCACACCCUAAUCAGUUUAACUCCUGAGCCUCAACUGUCUCAGCAGGAUAUGGAGCUAAACACCGAAUACAAAUGAAUGCAAUGCUUUAGUGUUCAUGUCUGUGUGCUGAUCGGUCACAGAAAGUCCUAAUAUGUCAAAUUUUGUGGGGAAAAAAGAAAAAAAUGAAUACUUUUGCAGUACGUAAAACCAAACGUCACUCGUCGGCAGGAGUGACGUCGGCAGGCAAAAUCUCACAAUUUUUUUCAGAAUCUGAGAUAUGCAUAUCGAGACUGAAACUCACAAUUGCAUCAGAAUUAAACUGUCUUAAAGCAGAAUUGGUAAUGAGGAAAAUGAAAAACAUGCAUUUUCAUUUAAUGCAAUAAGUAGACAGUUUUUACAGUGUGCACUGCUUCAGAUGAUUUUGGUGACCUACAGAAAAUCUCUCAAAUUGUACACAUGCAAGAAAUUGAGAAAUGCUGAAUAUCUGUUGCUCAGCUGACAAACCAUCACAUGGCCUACAGUCUAUUACACUGAUUUAGAAGUCCUGUCCCUCCCCUGCUGUCAAUGGUCAAAGUAUAAAUACAUCAUGUCACCUUUAACCAGCGGCAGCUCCCUCUCAGGGAGUCAGAGGGACCCACUCUCCACCCUGCGCUGUGGAUGAGCACCACACAAAAUUGACAUUUCUUCCACUUUCUUUCUCUUCACGUUUUAACUUGACUUUUCAUCCAUCUGUCCAAACUUAAACUUUGGUGGGAAACCUCUUGGGACUUGCUGCGUUCAAGCCUCCAAAACUCAUUGUCAUCAUGGGGAUCAAAGCUGCACUUCCUAAGUAUGAGAUCUACUUUUACAACACCGUGCUGUGUCUGGCCAUGUUCUGGGCAGCCAGCUGGAUCUUUGAAGUGUCGAGCUCCAAUGUAAACAGAAAGACAUUUAAAGCCAGUGUGAAACCAGGAUACUUUGGGAGAAAAAUGGACACUGCAGAUUUUGAGUGGAUGAUGUGGUUUUCCACCUUCAGAGAGCACAUCCUGUUCGCCCUCUCUGGUCACGUGCUCUUUGCCAAGAUCUGCUCCAUGCUGGCUCCUCAGUUCAGGUCCUUGGUUUACAUGGUGUAUGGUCUGCUGGCGGUAUGGACCAGCAUGGGUUGGACCUAUGUCUCCCUCAUGCUGUCCCACUGCAUCCUGCUCUACAGCAUCUCCUUAGUGAAAAUCCGCUGGCUCUGCCUCGUCGCUGGUCUCUGCACCCUCGCCACGUUCAAGUGUGAACCUUUCGUGUCCUGGCAGGCAGGUUUUGUGGAAGGAGACUUUGAGCUGCGGCAUGUCCUCUUCUAUGGAGGCUGUGGGUUCACGAUCAUGCGCUGCGUGAGUUUUGCUUUGGAAAACUGUGAACGGAAAGAUGGGAACUACAACGUCCUAGAGCUGCUCAAGUACAACUUUUACCUCCCUUUCUUCUACUUUGGACCCAUCAUGACAUUUGACAAAUUUUACGUGCAAGCUAAUAAGUCUGACCUGACCAGAAAAGAAAGGGAAAUGUGGAACAUCAGCCUGCAGGGUUUGAUCCAUUUGGGAGUCAUUAUCGUAGUGGAUGUCCUCUUCCACUUCAUGUACAUCCUCACCAUCCCCACUGACAUAAAGCUCCUGAAACACCUCUCUGACUGGGCUUUGGUGGGUCUGGCUUACCUCAACCUUGUCUACGAUUGGAUAAAAGCAGCUGUCAUGUUCGGAGUCAUCAACACAGUGUCCAGACUGGAUCACCUGGACCCACCAAAACCACCGAAAUGCAUCACUAUGCUCUAUGUGUUUUCUGAAACGCAUUUUGACAGAGGAAUUAAUGACUGGUUGUGCAAGUAUGUUUAUAAUUACCUGGGCGGAAAGCAUGAGAAUGUGGUGGAGGAGCUGGUGGCGACGCUUUGCACCUAUGGAGUCACCAUCCUCUGGUUGGGCCCCUGCGACGUCGUCCUGUUCUGGGCUUUCUUCAACUGUUUUGGUCUCAACUUUGAGCUGUGGACCGCUAAGGUCUUCUCCAUGGAACCAUUUGCAUCCUUUGAGGCUGCUAUGUCAGAAGCAAUGUCCCGCCGCAUAAGAGCCAUUUUCAACACGUUCAAUUUUUGGUGCAUUGUGCUGUACAACCUUAUGGCUCUGAACAGUUUGGAUUUUGUCAAGUUGGUCACCAAGCGACUGCUUCUGAAAGGUUUCCCUGUAACUACCGUCCUUGUCAUGUUUGUGACCUACUGUCUAAUUCAAGUUAUCAAGGAGCAAGAGAGAAGACAGGCCCUCAUCGAUGACCCUGAUCCACUUCCUCCUGCCCCCCCUCUUAAUGCUGCCACCGCCACCUGUCCUCCCACUGCUGCUCCACAGGCAGUGGCUGAUUCCAGCAAAGAAAAAGCGGAGUAGAAAUUUGGCAUUCAGCUCCAAGGUUCAGAGACUAACAGAGCAUCUCGUCGCGAAUAUUGAAAGCUUCAUUAUGUCCUAAUUAGCUUUUGUAAAAUGAAUUUUUAAUGAUUCUAGGAAGUCACGGGCUGUAAAUAAGAUUGAGUAUUUAUAUGGAAGGAGUUAUUAAUAGUUAGUGGAAAACAUUAAGUCAUAUAUAUUGUAACAUAUUGUACAGUCCUGGAGUUAUAAAAAUGUACUAAGAAAGCACCGACUUCCCUGACACUCAUAAUUACUACUUUACUGUAUGAAAAAAGUGGCAUGUGACUAUAUAUCUACAUGAAAAGAUUUUUCUUGUAAUGAGUACCAGUUAAUAAAACUUUUUAAUCCCA